AUGGGCUGCUGCUCCGGCCGCUGCACGUUCAUCUUCCUCUGUACUUUCCAGCUGGUCACCGCCCUGGAGCGGCAGGUGUUCGACUUCCUGGGCUACCAGUGGGCACCCAUCCUGGCCACCUUCAUCCACAUCGUCGUGGUCAUCCUGGGGCUCUUCGGCACUAUCCAGUACCGGCCUCGCUACGUUGUGGUGUAUGCUGUGUGGGCGGCCGUCUGGGUCACCUGGAACGUUUUCAUCAUCUGCUUCUACCUGGAAGUGGGGGGCCUCUCGAAGGACAGUGAGCUCCUGACCUUCAACCUCUCCCGCCACCACUCCUGGUGGCGUGAGCAUGGCCUGGGCUGUGUGCGUGAGGAGCCGGCGGCCAGCCUGGGGCUCCUAGACAGCCAGGCCCCGGUGCCGGGUGAUGGCUGCGCCCUGGAGCAUGGCUACGUGGAGGCCCUGCACAGCGCCCUGCAGAUCCUGGUGGCGCUCGUGGGCUUUGUCUGUGCCUGCUAUGUGAUCAGCAUUUUCACCGAGGAGGAAGAUAGCUUUGAUUUCAUUGGUGGAUUUGAUCCAUUUCCUCUCUACCAUGUCCAUGAAAAGCCUUCCAGCCUCUUGUUCAAGCAGGCUUACUUGUAA